AAAUCCAGCGCCCACGAUUAUUCGUAGGGCUCCGGUUUCGAAAUACUGAACGGGGAAGUUUUGCAGAGAAAAACAAUUAACUUCAAUGGUGUGCGAGAAGUGCCAGAAGAAGCUAUCAAGGGUGAUCGUGCCCGAUAAGUGGAAGGAAGGCGCCAGCAACACCAACGAAAGCGGUGGCCGGAAAAUAAACGAGAUUAAACUCCUAUCCAAAAAGAACAGAUGGACUCCUUAUGGAAACACUAAGUGUAUCAUUUGCAAGCAGCAAGUGCAUCAAGAUGCCAAGUACCGUCACACUUGUGCUUUUUCGAAAGGCGUAUGUGCAAUGUGCGGUAAGCAAGUGCUCGACACCAAGCUUUACAAGCAGAGCAACGUAUAAAUCGAAGGGAAUAUAAGCUGGUUUUCAAGUAAAUUUCAUUACUACUAUUUGUCAUCGUUAACUCACCAACUUGACCAAAGAGGUUGUAAAAGAUCAUCAAAAUGUUAAUGUUUACUCUGUAUAUUUUCUACUUUU